AUGGCUUCAGCAGGGGAACAGGAGGGAUUUAAGAUUGUGAAGGUGGAGGAAGACCCUAUCUGGGAUCAAGAAACCUACCUUCGAGAGAACAACUUUUCUGGCCAGGAAGCCUCCCGCCAACUUUUUAGACACUUUUGUUACCAAGAGACUCCUGGUCCCCGAGAAGCACUGAGCCGGCUUCGGGAACUCUGUCAUCAGUGGCUGAGGCCAGACACACAUACCAAGGAGCAAAUCCUGGAGCUCCUGGUCCUCGAGCAGUUCCUGACCAUCCUGCCUGAGGAGCUCCAGGCCUGGGUAUGCGAGCACCAUCCCGAGAGUGGGGAGGAGGCAGUGGCUGCAGUUGAAGACCUGGAGCGAGAACUCAGUGAACCAGAGAACCAGGCCCCAGAUUGUGAACAUGGACUUGCCGAAAUGCUCUCAGGGGAUGCAAUGCAUUUGAAGGCCAAGCAAGAAUCAACAGCUUUCCAGCUUCAGUCCAUGGUGACACAGCUCAAAUGUGAAUCUUUUGGGCUCCACAAAUUUGAAGAACAAAAUGGUGAAACUGUACUUAAAAACCAGGACUUGACAUCAAAACAGGAAGUCUUAAAAGAAAUGGGACAUUCUGAGAAUAGCAGACUCCAAAGAGAUAUUCCUUUAGAUUCUAAAUAUAGAGAAAUGUGUAAACAUGAGAGCAGGGCAGAAAAACAGAGCGGACAGCCCACUGGAGAGAGAUGUCACAAGUGCAACAAGUGUGGGAAAAGCUUUACUCAGAGUUCAGUUCUCAUUCAGCACCAGAGAAUCCACACUGGGGAGAAUCCAUAUGAAUGUGAAGAAUGUGGAAAGACCUUCAGCCAGAGGUCAGGCCUGAUUGAACAUCAGCAGAGCCACACUGGAGAGAAACCCUAUCAAUGUAAAGACUGCGGGAAAGCCUUUAGUGCCAGCAAUGGCCUCAUUAGACACAGAAGGAUCCACACAGGGGAAAAACCAUAUGAAUGUGAAGAAUGUGGGAAAACCUUCCGCCUGAGCUCGUACCUUGUUCAGCAUCAGAGAAUACACACUGGAGAGAAGCGCUAUCACUAUAAUGAGUGUGGGAAAGCCUUCAGCCAGAAUGCCGGGCUUUUCCAGCAUCUCCGAAUCCACACUGGUGAGAAACCCUAUCAGUGCAGUCAGUGCAGUAAAAGCUUUAGUAGGCGAACACUCCUUAUAAAACAUCAGAGAAGCCACACUGGAGAGAGACCAUAUGAGUGUGAUGAGUGUGGGAAAGCUUUCAGUCAUCACUGCAACAUCAUUAGGCAUUUUAGAAUCCAUACUGUUGUCAAAUUGGACUAA